AUGAAUGGAUAUGGCCAUUGGUUUCAUCUCUCUGAAGAAGACUCACUCAGAAUUUCUGUGUCAGAUGUGUCAGCUGAAGACAAAUCAGAAAAGGACCGCUGGGUAAUCUUCAAAGUAGCUUUCUCUGAGCCAAACGCUCUGCCUGAGACAUGCAGCCAGCAAAGUUUGUUAACAGGAGGGGAGACUGGGGCAAGAAAAGGAAGGGGGAAAAGAACCAAAAGAAAGAUAAAGAAAGGUCUGAACAGAGAGCAGACUGAUGGCAAGGGAAGGGGGGGUUUCCUUUGGCCUGAUCUGAAUAUCCCAAUUGUGAAACGUGGGACUAUCCAGGCUAUCUUUAAAAGAGACCACGCCCAGCAGGAUGAGCUGCAGUCCGAGAUAAUCUGGCAGAGAGACGAGUGGGACCACAGGAGGAGGGUGAAGGUGAAGAGGGAGCGAGGGUGGACCAGAAACUCCUGGGGAGGAAUCAGUCUCGGGCCCCCUGACUGUGGUCCAAACGGAGAAAACUGUGAAGAUUUUGACUCUUGUGUGAUUGAGGUGAAAAGUGUGUUUAACAUGACCACAAAGGAGGGAAGAAAGAGAUCAAUCGGCACUCUCGCUGCUGUUGGAAAUGGAAAUGGUGCUGCUGGCUUUGCACUUGGAAAAGCAGCUGAUAGAACUACAGCUCUGAGAAAAGCGAAGAACAGAGCUAUUCAAUAUUUGUACUACUUUGAGAGGUACCAGAACCAGAAAACCAUUUAUCAUUAUAUUAAUUCCAAAUUCAAGAGAACAACCAUCAGGAUGAAGAAGCAAUGCUGUAUUUAUUACUCUAUAAUUUUGUGCAAUGGAAGUGAACAAGAAUAA